CCUCUAGUAAGUGGGGGUGUCAGGCCAAAACCAAAACAAAAAAUGUAUACAAAACACUGUAGCUUUAAAAAAAGAAAUUAGUGAAUUAAAACUGGCAAACCAACUAUAGAAAAAUUAACCCAGGAUGCUGGACCUCGUGCAUAGGGCCGCUCUGCACAGCAUGGUGUGCCAGGCGAUUCUGGUGCUGAUUUGUUUGGUUUGCUACGGAUGUGGCGGCCUAAGUGGAGCCAAAUUCGUCUUCGAUGACACGGUGGCCAUCGUCAAGAACAGGGAUGUGAACACACUGCCCACAAACUGGACAGCGAUCUUUACGCACGACUUCUGGGGUGCCUCCCUGAUAAGUUCUGAUUCGCACAAAUCAUUUCGGCCACUGACCACCUUGAUGUUCCAUUGCGAGUACGCCCUGCUGGGCUUAACUGCCGGCCACAUGAAGUUCUUGAACCUUCUACUGCACUGCGUCAACACACUGCUUAUGUGGCGAUUGGUUCGUUCGCUCUAUGUGCCGGAGGUCAAUAUUGAGCGAUUGGCAAUCCUCUCUGCUGCUUUAUUUGCUGCCCAUCCAAUCCACACGGAGGCAGUCUCCGGAGUGGUGGGCAGGGCAGAGCUUAUGUUCGGCAUGAUUCACUUGCUUUGCCUUCUGCUGACUGUAGCCAACAGCGGGAAGCACGGCCCACAAACUGGAGGUCUGAUCUUGCUACUAACCGGCGUGGGAAUGCUUUUCAAGGAGUCCGCUGUAACCAUUCCCAUGUCGUGUGUGCUGCUGGAUUACUUUCAGAAUGGAUACUACCAUCUGUCUCUUAAGGAUCAGUGGAAUCUUUUGCGCUCACGGAUAAGCUACCUGUUGUACGUUCUGGGAACUUUGGGGCUGCUGACGGCUCGGCUCUGGUGGCAGGACUUUGAAACGCCAACGUUCAAGGAGGUGGACAACCCAGUGGCGUACAAUGAGCACAUCUUGACCAGAACACUGUCCCAACAGUACCUGAUAGUUAUGAAUAUCUGGCUGAUGCUAUGUCCCCAUUGGCUGUGCUACGACUGGGCCUUGGGUUGCAUCAAGUUAAUAACCAGCAUUUGGGACCUGAGAUUGCAGGGCGUCAUCGGAUUCUAUUCCAUUGUGCUGGUUGCUCUAAUGAAUUUCCGACGCCUGCCUGGAAUGAUGCUGUCUCUAGGCCUAAUGGUCAUACCCUUCUUGCCUGCCUCGGGUAUCAUUUGCGUAGGAUUCGUGAUUGCCGAACGGACGCUAUAUGUGCCCUCCAUCGGCUUUUGUCUGGUGUCCAUAUAUGGCUUUCUUUAUUGGUACGACUGCAGUACUAGUAAAACCUAUUGGCGUACUGCCCUACGGAUUAUGCUUAUGCUACUCUUCACCGUUAUGAUGCUGCGAACGCGACAGCGAUCCACCGACUGGCUGAAUGAGGAACAGUUGUUUAAAUCCGCCCUGCAAGUUUGUCCCGACAACGCCAAGGUGCACUACAAUAUCGCCCGGCUGGCCACCGAUACGGGAAACAACACAAAAGCCUUCCAGCACUACCACAAGGCCAUUGAGCUAUAUCCCAAGUAUGAGUCAGCGCUGAUGAAUCUCGGCAAUCUUUAUCGGGAACAUGGCCAACUGGCCACCGCUGAGGAUUACAUUCGACUGGCUCUACAGGCGUAUCCGGAAUUUCCGGCGGCCUGGAUGAAUUUGGGUAUUGUGCAAUCGGCCCAAGGAAAGUACGACAAGGCACUGGUUAGCUAUGAGAAGGCUCUAAGGCACAGAGCCAAUUUUGCAGUGUGCUACUACAACAUGGGAAAUCUGUAUUUGGAGCAGAAACGCUACACUGAUGCUCUGCAGCAUUGGCAACACGCGGUGGCUUUAAAUCCCCGCCAGCCGAAGGCCUGGGCCAACAUUCUCACCAUGCUGGACAACCGAGGACUUCAGGACGACGCCCUGCGCAUCUCGGAUCAGGCACUGCUGCAUCUACCGAAUGAAGUCAGCAUCCUGUUCAUUCGGGCCAAUGUUCUUGGCAAGUUAAAGCGCUACAUGGAGGCGGAGGCGAUCUACAAGCGUGUUAUUCAGUUGGAGCCCCACAACAUGCUGUAUUACACGAAUCUCGGGGUGCUGUAUCAUCGCUGGGACAAGUCUCAGGAGGCUAUAGACGCUUAUCGAACAGCGAUAAGUAUAAAUGCGGCGAGGGCAACGACAGCGCGAGAGAAUCUAAGCAAACUUCUGAAACGCCUGGAGCGGGAGGCGCAGGUUUUUCAAAGAUAAGCUUUAGCUUUCAAGUCCCACCAAAAAAAUUGAACCAAACAAGAGUUGUUUGUCUUAGAAGGCAAAAGGAAAAUAACAAAAGGUAUUUAUUUGAAUAUCAUAUAAAAAAUAAGAAUGUAACAUUUAAUAGUAUAGACAUUUUAUAAGCUGGAAUAAUCCUGAGCAAAAUCUGAGGUUGUGGGCUGAGUCA